CAGACCCCACAGUUCCAUUAAAAUAGUGUUACAUCCAACUAUAUAUUUCUCUCUCUAUAUAAUAUGUUCUUUCUCUCUAUAUAAUAUGUUUUUUGAUGUAUUAUUGAUGCAAUAUAUAUAUAUAUAGCUGCACUAGCCAAACAAGGUGACUCAGGUCGUUUGGCCAUUCAUGCUCUUACUUCCACAACUUCUUGAUGAGGUUGGUCUGCUAAUCUUCCAAUGGAAAGUGGUGAUGCACUUCAUGUGGUGAUGUUUCCAUGGCUAGGCAUGGGCCAUUUCAUACCCUUCCUCAACCUCUCCAAGUGCUUAGCGCAAAAGGGUCACCAUGUCUCCUUCAUCUCCACCCCAAGAAACCUCCAGAGACUCCCCAAAAUACCCCCAAACCUAGCCCAUCUCAUAACCCUAAUCAGCCUUCCAUUGCCCAAAGCCAACCACUUGCCAGACCAUGCAGAGUCUUCCAUGGACAUACCACACCACAAGCAACAGUUCCUCAAGAUGGCCUUUGAUUUGCUACAACCACCAUUAACCACCUUCCUCGCGACCACCACCCCAGCCCCAGAUUGGAUUGUCUACGACUACGCCUCUCCUUGGGUGCCCAAACUCGCCGCCAGGCUCGGCAUUUCACGAGCCUACUUUAGUCUGUUCACAGCCGCCGCAAUGGCUUAUAUCGGACCGCCUUGGGCGUUGUUGAGUGAUGAGUAUGCUCGAACAACACCCGAGGACUUCACGGUCGUGCCCAAAUGGAUCCCGUUUGAAUCCGAUAUGGCUUAUCGUCCCCAUGAGGUGUUAAAGAUUUUUGAGAGCUCCGACGAGGACGAGCUUGUUGGGUCUCAGAUCGAGGCUGCUACGUCUGAUAUUGAACGUUUUUGUCUUUCAAUAGGUGAAAGUGAUGUGGUUUUUAUCAGAACUUGUGUUGAAUUUGAACCGGAAUGGUUCAAUCUUAUUUGUGAACUUUACCAAAAACCUGUUGUCCCAGUUGGUGUUUUGCCACCAUUUUGGGACAAUAAUGAGACAGGUAGUGAUGAUAAUAAAUUGGUUGGUGUUAAAGAGUGGUUAGACAAACAGAUUGUGAACUCGGUUGUUUAUGUGGCAUUUGGAACUGAGUCAACACUGAGUCAAGUAGAACUCACUGAGUUGGCUCUCGGGUUAGAGCAAUCGAGGAUACCUUUUGUUUUGGUACUAAGAAACCCAACCGGGACAACCCUCAAUACGAUCGAAAUGCUACCAGAUGGGUUUGUGGAGCGGGUCAAGAGUCGUGGGGUGGUCUAUGUAGGAUGGGCACCUCAAGCUAAGAUACUGGGUCACUCGGCGAUUGGUGGUUUCUUAACUCACUGUGGUUGGAACUCGAUCAUCGAAGGGCUUGGACUCGGACGGGUUUUGAUUCUCCUUCCUCUGUGUAAUGAGCAAGGGUUGAAUGCCAGGUUGUUGAAUAAUAAGACACUCGGGGUGGAAGUACCAAGGAACGAGCAGGAUGGGUCGUUUACUCGUGACUCGGUGGCUGACUCAGUAAGAUUGGCAAUGGUAAAAGAAGAGAGCGAGGCAUUGAGAGAGAAAGCAAGGGAAAUGAAGGCUUUGUUUGGGGAUAAAAGUGUAAAUGACCAUUAUGUUGAUGGUUUUGUACGUUAUCUGGUAGAGAAUAGGACAUCUCGAUUAAGGGCCUAAAUAUCCCUUUCCUUUUAUGGAGGCCAAUUGAAUUGAAUAAAGAAAUUGUUCGGUUGAAAUUUUUUAUUACA